AUAUAUUUAAAAACCAUUUCCAUAGCCACCGACCCAUUGGUUAUCAUUAACGGCGUGCGCAAUACAAAAGCCCUGACAGACCUACGCACUGAAGUGUGCAACGCCUACCCUGGUGACAGUAGACCAGCGCCAUGCGAUAAACCGUUAGUUAGGGUGCAGGUGUUUUACUCGCCAUUUAACGACAAGGCAAUCAUCUUUAUCAAACAAAACGCUCAAGGUGGUGCGACUGGUUUAUGGGACCUGAUGCUGCCCCAAGAUGGUCAAGUUAAAAAUUUGAUCGAGGUCGAUUUUGUGCCCUGGGGUCAGGCUAAACGUGAGCUGGUAGAAGGAAAGCAAGUGUAUACCUGUGCCAAUGGUGAUACCGAUUGUUUGGGCACCCGAGUGCACGCCUGCAUCGCCCGUAACCACGUGUCGCUGUACCAGAAUCACCACGAGUUCUUCAUGGUGGUGUGCACCGGUAACCAGGAUGAUUGGAAAACAAAUCCCCUGGGACACGUGAUCGCGUGCUCAAACACCAUACCCGACGCCCCCGACUAUCCCGAUGAGGGCGUGGGUCUGGUCAUAUGCGGCCAAAAGGACAACCCCGAUGGUAACGCCUACUUGGACGAGGUGCUCGCUGCGACCGAUACACAAUACGGUGGUAUUGCUGAUGGCUGCUCAGAGGCCAUCUUGGGGCAGCAUCAGGUCCCA